UGAAAGUUUAGUUGGCGGGUUCUCGCAUAACCAAAUUAGUUUUAUUGUUAGUUAGCAAACAGUUGUUUACGAUUUAACAUUUAUUUUAAUGUGAAUUUUACUGCGAAAUAAACUUUUACUAGUAAUAAAUUGUGAUAUAGAUUAGCUUUUUUCAAAUAAUAAUUUUUAGUGUCAUUAUGCCUCCAAAAAAGAAGGUGGAACAAAAGCCAGAAAGCAUUGUUGAAAGACCUAGUAGAUCGGCAAAGAAGAAUGUAAACUAUGCCGAGUCGCCUUUGGUCAAAUUAAAUAAGGCAGCUAAAGGCGAAAAAGAACAGAUAAAGACAGAUAAAGCUAAGAAAGAUUCUGAAGUUGAUAAAAUUAAGGCUCCAAAAGGUGGUAAAAGAAAAAUUGAUUCAGAUGGUACAAAAGAAAUAAAAGAUUCUGAUGAUAAAAAAACUACCACUAAAAGAGGUAAAAAAGAAAAAGUUGAGGCGAACUCCGAAAAGUCUACAAAAACUGAAAAACCUGUUGCUAAAAAAGGCGGAAAGAGAAAAGUUGAAGAAAAAAAUGAUACAAAGCCUACUGAAUCCAAAAGGCAGAAAGCAGCAAGCAAAAAGCCAGAAAAAAAAGAUGCAAAUCUAGCAGAAUCAGCGCCAGAAGAAAUUAAGACUAAAGUUGAGAAAGAUGAAGAUAAAUUACAGAGUCCCGAAAAUGAGACCAAAGAAGUAGAGCAAGAUAACAAAAAAACAUCGAAAAAAACUGCCACCAAGACCGCAAAAGGCAAGAAGGCUGUAAAGAACAGCAAUGAAGUACAAGGAACUGAUUCCAAAAGUGUCAUAGAUUCAGUGCCCACACCAGAAAUUGUAGAUUGCACUAGGCAGUCAGCAAAUGGUGAUAAUUGGAAUGUGAAAAUAUGUUCAUGGAAUGUAGAUGGUAUUCGAGCAUGGGCAGAGAAAAAGGGUGUCGAUUUCUUGAAGAUUGAAAAUCCAGACAUUAUAUGUCUGCAGGAAACUAGAUGCCCUUUAGAUAAAUUGCCUAACCUUGAUUUGCCAGGAUAUCACUUAUAUUGCAAGCCUGGUGAAAAUAAAAAAGGAUAUGCUGGAGUAGCCAUUUACACAAAGAAGAUGGUGAGGAAUAUUGAGUACUCAAUUGGACUUCAAGAAUUUGAUGAAGAAGAUAGGAUUGCUGUAGCUGAAUAUAAUACAUUCUAUCUGGUAUGCGUGUACGUUCCGAAUGCAGGCAGAGGAUUAGUGACACUUCCCAAGCGAUUAAAGUGGAACGAAGCAUUUGCCGAGUAUAUAAAGAAACUGGACAAUAAAAAACCAGUAAUAAUAUGCGGUGAUAUGAAUGUUGCUCAUAAUGAAAUAGAUUUAACAAAUCCAAAAACAAAUAAGAAAAAUGCUGGAUUUACCCUGGAAGAAAGGCAGGGUAUGACUGAUUUUUUGAGCCUAGGUUUCAUAGACACAUUUAGAAAUCUAUAUCCUAAUCAAAAAGAUGCAUACACUUUCUGGUCUUACAUGAAAAACGCCAGAAGCAAAAACAUAGGCUGGAGAUUGGAUUAUUUUCUUGUGUCAGAGCGCCUGGGUAAGCACAUUUGUGAUUCUGUAAUUAGGAGCAAAGUAAUGGGCAGUGAUCAUUGCCCAAUUACUUUAUUUAUGUAUGACCGAAGCUGGCCCGAACAAUUCAAGAUGGAAGUCGAGCAAUAAUGCUGCUUGCUUUUGAAACCUUUGGAUCCUUACAACCA